AUGAUGAAGUGCCCCGCCGCAAUGACAGCUCGGAUCCUGAGUGUCGUUCUUUGCCUGGUCCCGCUAGUGUUGGGUCAGGAUGAUCAUUGGCCUCAAGGACAGUUGAACUGUGCGCAUGGCUUUCGUCAGUUUGAUCCGCUGACUCAAAAGAAGAUCUACCGAGUUGGAGUCCAUGCUCCGAACGGGCUGGAAACGGCACGCAAGGAGUUCAAUCUGACGUUCGAGACGUAUCUCACCCAUGCGGUGGGGCGCCGCUGGAUUCCUCCCAUUGAAUUCAAGAUGGUUCCCACCAUGGACCCUCUACGUGAUUGGGUCGACAAGAAUGCAGAUGUCGAUUUCAUGUACUCGGACACUGGAUUGUACUCGUGCAUUGGCACGGAAAUUGGGGGGCAGCCCCUCGGCACCACAAUCUCGCAUCUUACUGCCAGAGGAAGAAGCUACAACUUGGACAUGUUGGGAGGUGUGAUCCUGACGAGGGCCGAGAACAAGGCCAUAAACUCCAUUAAGGACAUCAAGAACAAGAUCAUUGCAGCAGUGUCGAUUUCAGACUUUGCUGGAGGUCAGGUGCAGUUUUAUGCAAUGUAUGAGAGCAACUUGAACUACAUUAUGGACCCAAAACAAGUCAUCUUCACAGAUAACGAAGAUGAGAUUGUCAAGGGUGUGCUCGAUGGACGCUGGGAUGUUGGCUUUGUGAGAACGGGGCAGGUUGAGAGAACAAGGGACAUCAACGGAACCUUUCUUGACCCCAACCUAUUCAAGGUCAUCGAGCCCAAGAUUUAUGUCAUGGACACGGGAGAUUUGUUCCCUUUCCUUCACUCUACCCCCGUCUUUCCCGAGUGGCCCCUGUUUGCCAAGCAGAAUGUGGACAGGAUGGUAUCGGAGGAGGUUGCAGUUGCCCUCAUCAACUUUGAGUACCACAAGGUGGUCGGUGAUGCCAUUCACGAUUGCAGGGAGGCAUUUUGCAAUACUAUGAUUGACCCAAAUUGCACAGUUCCGGAUAGGACUAUUUGCGACACGGCUCCUCCCGUGUACUUUGACCCUACGGCCAGAUGCGAUACCACGAGGGAACUGGCUGAAAUGGCGUACCAGGCCGGCGUAGCAGGUCGCCACAAUGGUUUCCGACCGGCACGAUCCCAUUUUGAGCUGCGGACUAUGCAACAGUCAGCUGGGUUCCUGAGGGAGAACGAGCAUGGUGACUGGCAAUGCUCGAGAGCCUCGACCCUGUAUGAGGGAAUUGUUUGCCCCCAUGGUUACUACAAGGUUAAAGAGCGCGACUUUCUCAAGCAGUGCAGCCAAUCGGGCUUGCCUUGCGGCAGCGGUCAUCAGUGUUACUGUCGACCAUGUGUUAAAGCCUACGAAGUGGAUGUCAUGCAGUGGCACAAUGGUACCAUCCACCAAGCAGGUUGCGACAAGAUGAGUUUGUGCGCAUCUGUCGAGCAGACGCGAGUUGCCACCUUCCGAGCCUAUGACAACCUCGAGCGAGAUGGUGCCAGGUUCACUGCCUUCAUGCAUGUCGGUCAUGAGUCCAAACCGCUGGACGUCCGAAAUGCCACUGGUACCAACUCGAGUUACGCCUACGAAUUCGAGUUCACCCAUGACGAGGUUGGAAUUGCGGUCUUGGAGGUCUUUGCAAAUGAGGAACAGAUCCCCGAAUCCCCAUUCAGAGUGCAAAUUGUUCCUCGGAACUGUGAAGCUGACUUUCCGGGUCAACGCAAAGUCUCGACAACAGUUGGCGACUGCGAAUGUGGUUCUGGUCACGUCGAAAUAAAUGGUGAUUGUAUGCCCACCACUAUCCUUGCAAUAAUUAUCUCCAGUGUCGGCUUGGUGAUUGCUUGUGAACUCCUCUACUGUUACUUGGGUUACAGAAAGGCGAAGAGCGAUGAGGUGUGGCAGGUCAAUACGGAGGAAUUGCACUUCAGUCAACCUCCCGAAGUCGUAGGCCAGGGUGCAUUCGGUGUUGUCCUGCUUGCAGAGUACCGGGGAACCAAGGUUGCCAUCAAGAGGAUUUUGCCCAACCGACAGCCGAAUGUAGCGAAAGCAAAAGGAUCGAAAGGAAAUCUAUCAAUAGAGUCACUGGCAGCUGGAAAGAUUUCUUCAAACAGCGAAGAUUCAGGGGACAUUGAGGCACCCCAUGACAACGCUAGUAACUCAAUGGACCCGAAUACGGACAGCGUUGGUUUCUCUCGCAGCGAUGACGACGAAGAUGAAACUGAUAGCGACCUGGACUUCUUGGGUCGAUUGAGUGCCGGGCGACGUCGCAGCAAGUGGGCCAAAUGGUUCCCUUGGCUUGAUCCUAAUGGAGAGGCUAGGUACAAUGCUAGUAUCCUUGGCUCUGCCUCAGGCUCGCACAAUUCUUCGUCGACAAAAACAGUGGUUGCUUUCUUCUGUCCUUGGCUUGACGAGCAUGCCCGUCGCAAGCAUGAAUUCGAACUUGAAAUGAGACUGCUUUCCAGGCUUCGCCAUCCUUGCAUCACAACCGUGAUGGGUGCAGUUAUGUCAAGGGGCUGUGAACCAAUGAUGGUGAUGGAAUACAUGGAGAACGGGUCUUUAUACGAUCUUUUACGAAACGACACAAUGUAUACGGGCGGUGAAGUUAUCAUGCAAAUAUGUCGUGAUGUUGCCCAGGGACUAAGGUUCUUGCAUGCAAGCAAACCCCCCAUCAUGCAUGGAGACAUGAAGGCCAAGAAUAUUCUGAUUGACUCCAGAUUCCGGGCUAAGGUUGCUGACUUUGGGCUGUCGACCAAGAAGAAGAACGGCUUGUCUGGAACGCCGUUUUGGAUGGCACCUGAGUACUUGCGCGGCAAAUCUGAGUACAAUCCUUCGUGCGAUAUCUACAGCUUCGGCAUUAUCAUGUACGAAAUCUAUGGCAGGAAGGACCCGUACGGUGGGGAGCAUCCGAGGAAGGUGUUGCGAAAGAUCUGUGACCCAAGGGUUAACAAGAGGCCCCCAGUGCCCAACACCUGUCCCGUAAAGAUGGCAGACAUUAUGCAAAAAUGUUGGAGUCCCGACCCUUUCUUCCGUCCUACCGCCAAGGACCUCGAUAUCCUGUUCCUUGACAUGGCCCCACGCGAGGCAGAACCCGUGAUUGAAGAGACAGCACGAGUAAGGACACAAGUCGCGACAGGAGAUAUGUUGUACCAGGUCUUUCCCCGAAAGGUCGCCGACAAGCUCAAGGCUGGUCAGAAAGUCGAACCCGAAACACACCCGACUGUGACCGUCUUCUUCUCUGACAUUGUCCAUUUCACGGACAUCUCACGUAUGUUGAGCCCGGUCAAGGUUUGCGCCAUGUUGGACCGACUUUAUCUUGCCUUUGACAAACUCGCUACGACCCACAACGUGUUCAAAGUAGAAACGAUCGGAGACGCAUGGAUGGGAGUCACAAAUCUGGAAAAUAACCAGGACGAUUCUCAUGUCAAGCAGAUCGCAGAGUUUGCCAUUGCAGCAGUUAAAGCAUCUGGCAGGGUUCUGAUCGACGAGGACGACCCUAAGAAGGGCUUCGUCCGCAUCCGCGCCGGUUUCCACUCGGGUCCUGUGGUGUCGAAUGUCAUUGGUUCACUCAAUCCUCGCUAUGGAUUGUUUGGUGAUACGGUGAACACCGCAUCUCGAAUGGAGAGCAACUCGUACAGUGGAAAGAUCCACUGUUCCGAUGCCUCGGCGGCACUCUUGAAAGACCAAGCACCGGAAAUUCCAUUGAUCCGCAGAGGAAAGAUUGCCGUGAAGGGGAAGGGUCAGAUGACCACCUACUGGGUGGCGGAAGGCUUGACCAAAGAAAACAAAAAGUCUGAUGAUGAUGACACCGAGAUCGAAACACUAUUCCAGGACGAUCAUCCCACCGUUGCGUUCAAGGAUGAUGUGGCGUACGCGACCUAA